AUGCAGGCCAUUGUGGAAAGAGGUUUGGCUCGCGGGAUGCACGGCACGGAUCCUCUCCAGACGAACAUUACAUCGGCGUGCUUCUCGAGCUCCGACUACGUCUUCUUGCAAGAGGUUGUCGACGGGGCCAGCGAGAUUCUCCAAACAGCCACCAAAAUGGCCCUGUCUGGCAACCUGCGAUACAUGCCCGUCCGACAGUCGCUCUGUUUCAUCUCGGCCGCCAUCUUCCUCCUCAAAGCCAUCAGUAUCGGUUCGGGGAGCAUCGCGAUCCGGGCGUCCCUGGACAUUUUGGACGACUGUAUUGUGGCCUUGAGGUCGUCUCCCAUUGAUGACAUGGAUUUCUCGUCCAGGUUUGCCACGCUGAUCGAGAAGCGAGUGGCCAAGUUGAGAGAGUUGUUGAUCGGGGGAAUGCGCCAUACCAGCAAUAACAUCAACAAUGGUGACCACCACCAAACCAACCACGACGAAAGCCGUUCGAGUUGCCAUGAAAUGGGCGACAGUGCAAGUCUUGCGCCUGUGCAUGCCACUCAGGACCAGGUCGAUCUGGCGUCAGCAGCUGCCACAGAAAACCUCGACAUGACAUCGCCUGGAUGCGCGGGCUGGUGGGCCCGACCGUUCGACAAAAGCAUCGCCCCCUUCAGCUUUUCGGGCAAUUUCGUCUCCUCGGGCCUCGAGCUCGACUCGCUUGACUUCUUGUGGAAUCUGCCCAUGGAGAACCAAUAUGGAGAGUUGUUUCCUUGA